AUGGAUGGCGAACAAAUUAGAACGCUCGUCAGGAAACGAGCGUCCAUCAAAGGUACUCUAACUAAAAUUGAAAACAUGUUCAAAAACGAAGAGGAUUACAAGGAGUUCUCUAAACAAGCGUUAGUCCUAAAGGAAGAGCGUCUUCGCGACACAUUCAAAAAGUACGAAGACUAUACUUUGGAGAUUUGCGCCAUAGAUCCCGACUUCGAUGAUGGCGAUGAUGUAGAAGAGCAGUACAGCAAAACGCUCACCGUCAUCAGAGAAUUAUUGGAAACAAUAAAUUGUGAAAAAGGUUGUAAAAACGAGUGUGUUACAAAAAGUUUCAAUACAAAGUUACCUACCAUAAAUGUACCAACGUACUCUGCGAGUAAUUUAAGAAACUUUGUAUCUAUUGUUAAGCAACAAUUAGCUGCCUUAAAAAACCUAGGUCACUCAGUUGAUCAAUGGGAUCCAAUAGUACUUUGCAUUCUGACUAGAAAGUUAGACUUAUUGUGCAGUAGGGAAUUCCAAUUAACUCGAGUACGAGAUCCUACGGUUGCGCACCUUUUUAAUUUUCUAUAUAAGCGUGCACUUGCACUCGAGAAUGUAGAGCGGCCACCGGAGCGAUCCCAGCCAACUUCAAAGGUGGCUCACGUUGCAGCUGUGAAGAAAACGAAUCCAGACACAGGUGCUGCUGCGGAGACUGUAGGAACAAGAAGCUGCUUACUCUGUAAGUCCAACCACAAGCUUUUUACUUGUCCACAAUUUAAACUUAUGUCUGCGAGUGAUCGAAUCAAGUUUGCCACAUCUAACAAGCUAUGUGAGGUUUGUUUAAAUAAUCAUAGUAAAAAAUGCAGAUAUCACUUUAAAUGUAAUGUCUGCAAAGAAGGGCAUAAUACAUUGCUCCACGAAGAUAAAGCAUCGUCUCCAGUAACAUUGAUGUCUGAGGCUGCCUCCGAGCAGGUACUAUUGCCUACAGCACAGGUAAAACUACUAGCGAGCAAUGGUACAGAGGUUCAUGUCAAGGCUCUUCUAGAUACUGGAUCACAGGCAUCUUUUGUGACUAGAGAACUUGCAAAUCUAUUAAAAUUACAAAUUGAUACAGCCAACACUCCAGUUAUUGGUAUAGGCAAUACCUUAAACAAAUUAAAGGAGAAGGUCCAUUUGGAAAUACAUUCCCUCACUCAGAAUUUUAAAAUAUCAGUCACAUGCUACUUAUUGGACAAAAUAACUUCAAAGUUACCACAAAGAAAGUUUGACUUGCAUAACGUAGUUUUACCUUCCAAAAUUAUGCUAGCUGACAAAAGGUUCAAUGAGCCAAGUGACAUACACAUUCUAUUAGGUGCUGACAUAUUUUUCCAGAUCUUGCUGCCACCUGAGCCUGAGCUUCAAGCUCUUCCAUCCAGCUCGGAGGCACCUGAUGGCAGUGUCACACCUAAGGCUCCAUUACUAAAUACAAGACUUGGUUAUGUAAUUGCAGGUAACACACCUACACAACACACCGAACCAGUCAUUACUUUAUUUUGCAAAAAAUGUGACUAUGAUUUAAACAAUUCUAUUGUUAAGUUUUGGAAGUGUGAAAGUGUUCCAGAGACCUUCCCAGAGGCACAUUCUGAAAAUGACUUGUGCGAAAAGAUAUUUUGUGACAAUGUCGAGCAAGAUACAAAAAAUAAUAAAAUACAAGUAAUCUUGCCACUAAAGUUACCAUUAGAUUCAAUCAAUCAAGCUUUAGGAGAUUCAUUAUAUUUAGCUUUAAAAAGAUUUCAUAACUUAGAACAUAGAUUUAAAAAAGAUUCUAAUCUUUUUAUGCUAUACAAGGAGUUCAUUCAUGAAUAUUUAAAGCAAAAACAUGGUACAUUAAUUGAUAUAAGUCAAUAUAACCUAUCUACUGACCCAUUGUGCUUUUUACCACACCACCCUGUACUUAGGCUAGAUAAAAAGACAACAAAAUGCCGGGUUGUAUUUGAUGGGUCUAUGAAAACAAGUACAAAAACAUCUUUGAAUGAUUUAUUACUUAAUGGUCCUGUAGUACAAAAGGAGCUAGUAGAUGUCUUAAUGCUAUUCAGAGUUGAUAAAUAUUUUUUCAUAACAGACAUCAAAAAUAUGUUUAGAAAUAUAAAUAUACAUCCCAAGCACAGGUCAUUACAAAAUAUUCUAUGGAGAGACUCUCCAGACGAAAGUGUUAAAUGUAUUCAAUUAAACACAGUCACUUAUGGCUUAAAGAGCUCAACCUAUUUGGCAACUCGAUGUUUGAAAAUGUUGGCUGAACAACACCACAAUGAGUACCCUAUAGCUGCUUCUAUUUUAAAUAAUUCCACAUAUGUCGAUGACAUUCUUUAUUCAGAAAAGACGUUGGUUGGAUUGUCAGCAGCAAAGGAACAAUUAUGCAGUUUGUUAAGCUUAGGAAGUUUUCAAUUACACAAAUGGGUUUCAAAUUCACCAGACUUGUUAAAAGAAAUACAAAAAGAUCAACAACAUUUUGAUGAGAUUGAUCUAGAGAAAAAUAACACUUCUUUAAAAACACUAGGUAUGAAUUACAAUAUUAAGUUAGAUUCAUUUAUCAUAUCAAGCCCAAAAACUGUUAAUAACAUGCCUCAAUCUAAGCGUGAAAUUCUUAGCUUCAUAAGUGGAUUCUACGACCCACUAGGUCUUGCUGGACCUAUUGUGGUAAGCGCAGGCUAUAAUGCAAUGCUUGUGGCAAGAAAAAUUGGACUGGGAUUCGGUGCCAAAUUGUGA